CCUCUGUCCCGGUUAUAAGGCCUCCGGAGAGGAGGGGCCCCACUGCUCCCCAAGACGCGCCAUGAAGACAGUCCUGCUGCUCCUCAUCGUCCUGGCUGCGGCCGUGGGCCCAGCCCAGGCUCUCCACUGCCACGUGUGCACCAGCUCCACCAACUGUAAGAAGCCACAGAGCUGCCAGGCCAGCGCGCGCUACUGCCGGACCCUGACCAGGGUGGAGCCUCUGUCGGGGAACCUGGUGGAGAAGGACUGCGUGGAGACGUGCACGCCCACCAACACCCGGCCUGGCCAGGUCACCAGCGGCACGGUGACCUGGUGCUGCCACAACGACCUGUGCAACGACAGGCUCCAGAAUGGCGCGCCCGGCCGCCCCCUGCUCGCCAGCACCGCCCUGGGCCUGGGGCUGGCCCUGAGCCUCCUGGCCCUCACCUUGGCCCCCCGCCUGUGAGCCCCGGGCCAGCCUCCCUUCCGUUCCCAGGCGCUCCCACGGCCCCCCAGCCGUGACGGGGUCCGGCCCUGGGCUGGCAGCUUCCUCGGAGGGUCCGGGCCAGGUCCUGCGGCAUGAGCGCCGCCCUCCCACCAGGAGAGCCCAGGGCCCUAGCCGGGGAGGGCAUUCAGGCCCCUCUGACUUCUCGUCCAUUCUGCUUGGUUCCCAUUAAUUUUUCUACUCAAAACUCCAUCGGAAUAAAUGCUUGAAACCCG